AUGAACUGGACGUGUGAGCAAGUGGUUACAUGGUGCAAAUCCUUUAUGAAUGACGAUGGUAUUAUUUCACUUUUUGAAGCAUGCGAAGCGACAGUUAUCCUGGUGUUUUUCAAUCUUGGAUUCUCUGUGAAAGCUCGAUACAAAAUUGCGAAUAGAUCCGAAUCUAAGUUUCGAAUAACGUGUGAUUUGAGUUUAUCCUGUGGAAUUUCGUAUAAUACAUACGCUGGAUACAAAUCUCACAUAUACCGUCACCAUUUUGAUCAGUUACGUGUAUCGAAUAACAAGAGUGAUGCUUCGGAACCGUCUUUCGUUAACUAUAUCUCACCAUGCGAUGCGAACAACGAUGACGACAUCGAUCAUCCGGUCGAUGAGACGGAUGAUUUCAUCUCAACGAAUGAAGAUGAGGAUCGCAUAGAUCCAAUCAACUUAUUUGACUCGAUCUCCGAUCAAAAUAUCGAUUCCAUUUCAAUAUUAGAUAUCAAAAAAACUUUUGCAUUGUUCAUGCUACAGUUAAGAGAAGAAUUUCUUUUGCCAAAGAAUGUUAUUAGUUCUAUCUCAACUUAUAUUGUUACAUUGGUGAACAGCUUACACUCUUUGUUUGAACAAAAAGUUAUGCUGAGUCACUCGGAUGGUAUCGGAAACAUUUUAUCUUCGAAAUCAACAUCUAAUUCUACGACAGCAUAUCUCGAUAUCGAUACGAUUAAGAACACAAUCAAUGAAGUGUGUUGUGCCGUGGAAACUGUCACACGGAAUGAAUAUCAAUUUCAACAAUUUUGCGAAGAAUAUUUUUCGUACCGUUCACCUAAACAGAUUAUUUUGUCAAAUCCUGGUGAAGCGACGGAAGUCGCUUAUUUCAUUCCAUUUGAUGAAACAAUUAAAUCUAUUCUACAUAAUAAUUAUGUGGUUGAUCAAAUUUUCGACAAUAUGAAACAACAGCGAGAAAAAGUGUUUGCCGAUGAUGAUCUCAUGUUUUCAUUUCGCGACGGAGAGUACGGUAGUCGAAUCGAUGAUGAUAGUCUACUGGUACAAUUGUAUAUCGAUGACAUUGGAAUAACCAAUCCGAUUGGUGCUAAGAAAGACAUGCAUAAGAUGUCUAUGAUUUAUUUUACCCUGGAGGAUGUUCCUGACCAACACCGGUCGCAACUCGAACACAUUCAUCUUGUUGGGAUUUGUACAAUAGCCGAUAACUUAGCAGCGCAUCAAAUUGGAGGAUUUCAAUCAUCGUUUAGCACUGGUUAUGUGUGCCGGCGUUGCUUUAUGAAACAUUGUGAUUUGCAUUUACCAAUGACACAGAUUAGACCGGAUACAAGGACUAGUGCUUAUCAUGAUGAUUUAGUCAAGCGAAUUACUUCAAAUUUGAAUCAAACCUCAAUAAUGGGAGUUGUUGGGAAAAGUCCUUUGUAUGAUCUUGAUGGUUUUCAUCCAACUAUGUCCCUUCCAGCAGAUCUGAUGCACGAUUAUCUUGAGGGUGUGUGUCCUCGUGUUAUAAUAAGUUUACUCAAAGAAGCAUCCGCUUUGAAACUUAUUGCUUAUUUUCGAAUUCAAGAACGUAUGGAACAAUUUGUAUAUGGCCAUUUUGAUUCACGUGAUAAACCGCCACCAAUUCUCGUUAAACAUCUCCAAAACGACAAGAUUGCUGCAAGCGCAUCACAGAAGUGGUGCUUGUUUCGAUUGUUUCCGUUAAUCUUUGCUGAUAUUGUGGACAAACUUCCAUCUUUCAUUGUUUAUAAACAAUUGCGAGAGAUAGUCGAUCUUGUUUUUUCUGUUCCAUUUCGAAAAAUCUGGUUGCCUACACUUCGCGAUUUAUCGUUUGCGUUUCAAUACUCCAUGAUAAAACAUUUUCCACGGCAAGUAGUGCCGAAAGUUCAUUUUUGCACAGAAUAUGAUCAAGUAAUUAAUGAUUAUGGACCCGCAAUUAAACAAUGGUCAAUGCGAUAUGAGUCAUACCACUAUUACUUCAAAAAAGUGGCACUCCGAUCGAACAAUUACAAAAAUACACCGAAAAUGUUAGCGACUCGUUAUCGAUUAAAACAAGCUUUUUCAUCCUUUCGAAUGACUCAGCUGAACCAUUCCGAUCAAGCUAUUCGAAUUCAGAAAGUGAAGAAUAAUCUUUUUAGUAAUGAAAUGAAAUAUGCCAUAAUCAAUCAUUUUGGUAAUAUUGACCUGUCAAAGGAUUUAGUUCAGUGUCAAAAAUUCCGUCAUGAGAAUGUUGAGUAUUGCCGGUUUGGUAUUUACAUCAUAUCUCUGAUGAAUUUUACUGAAGCACCGGAAUUCGUUCAAGUGAUGAAUGUUAUUAAACUUACACACAAAUGGUGGUUAUUAGUUGAUGUUUUGACGACCGCUGGUUACGAUGACAAACUAUGUGCUUGGGAAAUUAAGUCGAUGGAUAAAUUUCGCAUACUAGAUCCAAAUUCGAUGAAAUAUUAUCUCAAAGGGCUGGAUGUCUAUGAGAUUGAUAAUUCAACUUUUGUUACAUUUACGGCCCGUUUGACUUCGUAUUGA